AUGACCAAAAAGCUCCAUAUUUCAUUCGCACUUUUGAUUACUACCAUUACUAUCGAUACAAAAGGAUUCUCAUUCUGGUUAAUUGAGAAUUCAAAACUUCACGUAUAUUUCUUAAUUACUACCAAUAAAGGGAUUCUCCAUUCUGUUUAUGCAUCACCUAUUGCUAUUCCAUCAUCACCUACAUUUGAAUUUGGUUGUGCUA